AUGGAGUUCUUAAAGUACAAACAAAAACUAGUUGAUUAUACUAAACCAACUGUCAUUCUCCUCAAAUAUGCUAAUGUGAAGGAACAAGGUAAAUUUCCCCUUGUUGUGACAAGCACCUACAAUGUCACAAAUAUACACAUCAACAAAGAUAUGCCCAACAUAAAUGAUUUUAUAAAACGCUUGCCUAAGGAAUCUAGCUUUGGAAAGUCAUUAAGUACCACUAACACCCACACUCGAGGACUUGAUGAAAUAAUCCAAUUGGGUGAGCCUACUUUCUGCAUAACCGUUUCUACAAUCAACAAACUUAUUGCAUUAGAAAAUGGUCGGUACUACAGGGCAUGCCACCAGUGUCCUCAGGUUGCUAAGGGAAAAAUAGCUCUUUUUUCUGUCGAGAUGGACACCAUACUGAAGCUAAGAUUUGGAGGUAUAAGAUUUUGA